AUGACAGAGUCCAACACUUUUGCUAUCCAAGGAUACAACUUGUCGAGGCUCUUGAAGCGUCUGGAAGACGCUACUGCUCGGUUAGAAGAUGUAACGUUUUUCCAAGAAGGGUACAUCCAGACUAAGAUAGACGCACUUUCGAAAGGUGAGAACACUGAGAGUAGUGGUGGUAAUGGUGCUAGUGGUGGUAGUGCGAACACUGCAGCUGUGGAGCCGCAAUCGGGACUUUUAGACUCAUCCGUGGCGAAAUCAGAGUCCAAGUCACCAAAGCAGGAAGCAACCGAGCCUGCCAGCAUCGUUGCAUUUGAAAGCCUCGUGAACACUUACCUUAAACCGCUGCAGGAAACAUCCGAAAAAAUUGACCCUCUAGUUGAAAAGGCCAUUCACCAUUUGAUGAACGCGUUCGAGGCCCAAAAACAGUUUUUGAGACUUGUAGCUCAAUCCAAAAAACCAGACUACGGUUCCGAACCAUUUGCUAAAUCCUUAAAGCCCUUGAACGAGCAGCUUCUGGCCAUUGGUGAUCUAAAGGACAAUAAUCGUCAAAGUACACAUUUUGCACAUCUCAAUGCUGUGGCAGAGGGUGUCCCAUUGCUAAGUUGGAUCGGAGUGGAAACCCCGGCGUCCGUGAUCAGCGAUUUCAAAGAAGCAGCUCAAUUUUGGACUAACAGGGUGCUUAAGGAUUUCAAAGAUUCUGACACCAACAGCGUGGUUUGGGUGAAGCAGUAUCUCGGCAUCUUUGACGCGUUGAUUUUUUACGUCAAACAAUACCAUUUAACAGGACCUUCUUGGAAUGCUCAGGGUCUAGAUUUCGCGGAAGCUUUAGACAAAAUCGGCAGUACUGAAUCUGCAACUAACGGGCAAACAUCAACUGUGCAAAAGGCAGGAGCCGGCUCAUCACAACCUCCUCCUCCACCACCUCCUCCUCCAGCACCACCUGCGUCUGUUUUUCAAGGACAAGAAGCUGCUGAGGCUCCCAAGGGUGGAAUAGACGCUGUUUUUGGCGAAUUGAACCAAGGUGAAGGCAUAACGAAAUCCUUGAAAAAAGUGGAUAAGUCUCAACAGACUCACAAAAACCCAGAGCUCCGUGGAUCUUCCGUGGCUCCAGCCACCAGGACUCCACCUCCAAAGCCUAAGAAACCUACCACACUCAAGACAAAGAAGCCCGCCAGAAAAGAGCUUGUCGGUAACAAGUGGUUUAUCGAAGGAUUCGAAAACUCGGAGGAGCCCAUACAAAUUGAGGUUAACAAAGAUGAAUCUGUUUACAUUGGUAAUUGCAGCUCCGUUUUCAUUCAAAUAAAAGGCAAAGUGAACGCUAUUUCCAUGAGCGAGACCGAACGUUGCAAUGUUAUGGUGGAAAGCAGUAUUUCUGGAUUUGAUAUUAUCAAGUCUGUUAAAUUUGCUAUUCAAGUGGAACAAACUCUUCCUCAAAUUAGCAUUGAUAAAAGUGAAGAUGGUACUAUUUAUCUCAGCAAGGACUCCUUGCAUGCCGAAAUCAUCACAUCAUCUAGUACUUCGCUGAAUGUAAAUCUCCCGAUUGGCGAAGAUGAUGAUUUUGUUGAGUUUCCUGUUCCAGAACAGCUCAAGCACACCUUUGCCAGUGGCAAAUGGAAUAGCUCUGUAUAUGAACAUGCCGGCUAA